AGAUGCGUUAUCAGAUGGCGGGGAUAAAAUGACAACGAGGGAAAUCCUUCAAAUCUCUCCUAAUCUCCCGGUGAUGCAGAUGAUGCUACGGUAUGAGGUCAUUUGCCCCACAAAUGUAACCCACUUCCCCCUGACAGCCGCAGCGCAGCUGUGUGUGGCGGCAACGGAGCACUGCUGCCACCUAGAGGCCACUGUCGCACAUUGCACUGCUGACGUCAGGCGGACCUGCUUAAUUCAGUGACGUCGGUGGAGAUUCUCAGUCAUCCAGGUGAAUUUGUCUGAAGGUUGAGUCAGUGACAAUUUGUAAGGGAAAGCAACACAUUAAUGACACAUUUACUGGUCUGUUUUUUUUCUUUUUUUUUUUUUUUUUAAAAGCUAGACGUAUUUCAUUCUAUUCUGACACAGGUGCACUGAUUAGCAAACACGCCUGCGCGGGAACAACCGUAAGAGAUCAACACAAAACUUUUGCGGAAAGUGGAAAAUGCUCCGUAAUGAUUUUCGGCGACGAUUCGCGUCUGCGGUUUAAUAAUUAAGGGACACGCGCUGUGUUGUCAAACAUAUCUUUUUUAACGUAACCACAGACGGACCGUACUUUUAACGUUUCAUUAUAAACCUAUAGACAUAAAGUCAUUAGCGUUUCUUUCGCCCACCCGGUCCUCGGCCCCUUUUUAGAAGUGCCCCGUUACCAUGGAAACCACUACCAACAUAGGCACCCUCAGAAGUUAGUUUCGUGUGCUACCGCUGGGUCGACACUUCCCGAAGCCCCUCGAACCUGCGCUGCGGGGAGCGGAGAGCGUGUGGGUCGACGUGGAUCGGCCUUGAAGUCGCCGUGUCAUCGAUCAGGCCGCUCCGGGAUUUCCGAACCGAGCCAUGUCGUUCGGCUCGCGGCUCGCCAAGGGCGGCUACAGGAGCAGACCCUCCCAGGCGAACGUCCCGGUGGAGUCCCGCAAAGAGGUGCAGCAAAAGCAGAAAGAAGAGCGUGAAGCCAAGCGCGCCCAGCUGGAUGGAAGACACGACUACAUCCUCAGCAUUGUGGCUUCGUGCCUAGGACUGGAGAAGUCGGACGUGGAGGAUGCCAUCCUGGAGGGGAACCAGAUUGAUCGCAUGGAACAAUUCUUCGUGGCUGAGGGUCUCCCACACCUCAUGUUCUAUUAUCAAGACACUGAGCCGACUGAAGCAGCAGCAGCAGCAGCAGCAGCGUCUGUGUCCACUGUUGCCCAGCAGCCUGAUCACAGCAAAAAACCCAAAGUGUUUGUGACAGACGGGAAGGAUGUGGCACUGACCGGGGUGUGCGUCUUCUUCACCAGAGCCAACACUUCCAAGGCAGUAACCUCUGAGAACAUACACAGAGAUGUAAACUUUAACAUGCUUGAUACAACCGAGGGAGGUCUGUUGAAAAGUGUGGAGCAGCUGCUGUCGGAGAUCUUUAUCCCCACACUAAGGAAGAUGAACCACGGCUGGGGGGAGCUAGACAGUCCGCAGGCCCAGUCCGUCAAGCAGGACUUCAUAUCGUCUCUGGAAAACUUUGUGUCAGUUCUGGCUGGAGCACAGGAGAGUCUGCAAGAAAAGGUUACUCUGAAAGAGUGCGACACGUUUGAUCUGCGCGUGCUGAAAGGCCCCUCUGAUUACAUGGCAGCAGCCAACAGCAACGAGGCCCUUGAAAAGAUGGAGGCCUGCAUGAAAGUCUGGAUCAAGCAGAUAGAGCAGGUUCUUGCAGAGAGUGAUCAGCUGAGGAAGGAGGCUGAUGACCUUGGCCCUCGGGCUGAACUGGACCACUGGAAAAGACGGAUGUGUCGCUUCAACUACCUCUUAGAGCAGCUUAAAAGCCCCGAUGUCAAAGCUGUGCUGGGCGUGCUCCUGAUGGCCAAAUCAAAACUUAUAAAGUCAUGGCGGGAGCUGGACACCAGAAUUACCGAUGCUGCCAACGAGGCCAAAGACAAUGUCAAGUACCUAUACAGCCUGGAGAAGUUCUGUGAUCCUCUUUACAACAGCGACCCUGUGUCAAUGGUGGAUGCGAUCCCUGGUCUGAUCAAUGCCAUCAGAAUGAUUCACAGCAUUUCUCGCUACUACAACACAUCUGAGAAGAUAACAUCACUUUUCAUCAAGGUCACAAACCAGAUGAUCACAGCCUGCAAAGCCUACAUCACGAAUAAUGGCUGCAGUUCAAUAUGGGAGCAGCCAAUGCAGGUUGUUGUCGACAAAAUAAAAGCUGCCAUCCACCUAAACCAGGAGUACCAGCGGCAUUUCCAUAAAAUGAAGGAGAAGCUGGAACAAACUCCCUCUGAAAGACAGUUCGACUUUAGUGAGAUGUACAUAUUCGGGAAGUUUGACACAUUCCAGCGACGGCUCAAUAAGAUCCUGGAAAUGUUCGGCACCAUUUCCACCUACUCUGCCCUGCAGGAGUCUAAAAUAGAAGGGCUGGAGACCAUGGCCACCAGGUUUCAAACUGCAGAAAUGCAGGGGAGAUGGGAGGCUAUUGUGCUGAACAUGAAGAAAAAACAAUACAGCUUCCUUGACCAGAGAAGAACAGACUUUGAUGUUGACUAUGAGGAAUUCUGCAGAGACACCUCUGAGCUCCAUAACCAGCUGAAGAGUUUCAUGAAUAGUACUUUUGAAAAAAUCCAAAAUACAGAAAGAGCUCUUGAAGUGCUGAAGAAAUUUGAAAGACUGGGCAUCCCGGACCUCGGCAUCGAUGAGAAGUACCAGUGCAUCCUGCAGAACUAUGGCCGUGACAUUGAAAUGGUCUCCCGUAUUUACAUGAAGCAGAAACUGGACCCGCUCCCUGGCCGGGACUUGCCUCCCGAUGCAGGUCGAAUCAUGUGGGCUCGGCAGCUGUACAGCAGGAUUCAGGGCCCCAUGGAUCUCUUUCAGCAGCAUCCUGGGGUUCUGUCCACACCAGAAGCUAAGAGGAUAAUCAGGAACUUUAACAGGGUAGCGAGGGUCCUGGUGGAAUUUGAGAUGCUCUACCAUCACAACUGGAUGGAAAAGAUGAAGAAUGCCAGGGUGGGUCUGCAGGCCUCUCUGCUGGUCAGGUCUGCAGAGACGGGGGAGCUCUUUGUCAACUUCGACCCAGAGAUUCUGACCCAGAUCAGGGAGGCGAACUGCAUGACCAAGAUGAAUUUGGAGGUCCCACCGUUUGCGGCUCUGUUGCAGCAGACACAGGACACCCUCAAAAAGAACUACAACAGCUUAAAGUUGAUGCUGAGUGAGAACACCAGAGUGAGGGCUAAGAUUAAGGACGCUUUUGAGCAACUAGCCACGCCACAUGUAGCAAAGGUGGAUGAGGCUAUACAGCCAGGUUUGACCUCCCUCAACUGGACGUCUCUGAACAUAGACAAGUACCUGAUCCGUAUCGACAAGGCUUUGGCUGACCUGGAGCUGCUGAUGGACAGGGUGAAUGACUUGGUGGAGUAUAGGAUAGAUGCGGUUUUGCAGGAGAUGAGCGCUUCCACACUGUGUAUUCUGCCAGAGGAUGAACCAGUCAGCUGCGAGCAGUUUGUUCAGACCACCAGGGACCUGUGCAUAAAACAGGCUCAGAAUCUCCACAUUAAGAGCUCACUAGUGGAAGAGGCUGCGAAUGAGCUGAUCAACAUGUUGUUGGAGUUUGACCACGCUCAGAAAGAGGAGGCGGAGAAGGCUGAAGAUGAAAACAGCACCGAGAGUAAGGGCCCAGGCCACAUUGACAGUGGAGGUGAAGACGAGGGCCGCUCAGAGGGCCGUCUCCUGUCCAGGAAUGGUUUGCUUCAUACUGCCAGCGUCGGCCCCUCGUCUCCCUUGAUAAGGAGGAAGAAGAAGCGGGAUCUGCUGGAAGUAAUGGAGGGCGAAGCCCAGGAGCUGCUCUCUUACUUCAACCACCGCAAUGUAGAGGCCCUGCUCAAACUGACACGCAACACGCUGGAGAUGCUUCGCAAGCGCAUCCACACGUCCUCACUGCUGCAUUUCUUAACCGACAGCGACUUGCCCAGUCGUGGAAAAAGCAGCAGUCACCCGGCCAUCUUCAGAGUGAACGUGAUCCUCUCCAUCCCUAACAUUGCCAUCGUGCCAGCGCUGGAGGAGGUGCAGCAGGCUCUAAACCGAGCGGUGGAGUGUGUGGUCAGCGUCGGCAAAGGAGUGGGCCAGUGGAGCAAAGAGAGGAUCUCUAAGAGAAAAAUGAGUGAGCGAUGGAUGGCGGCUCUGAAACAGGAUAGUUCCGACAGCGGCUCAGAGGACGGAGCAACCACCUACAGAAGCCUGUCGAAUGGCAGCACCUCAGACAUUUCAGCGUCUGUGAUGCAGGCAAUCCCAUUUCAAGCCAGAAACUAUUACAAGAGUGUGGCUGAAAACAAGGAGAUCGUGAAGCUGGUGUCUGUCCUCAGCACCUCCAUCAGCUCCACCCGAAAGGAAGUGACGAUGGCUCUCGCACGUUUUAGCCAAUACCAUCAUAUCUGGAGAAAGGAUCGUGACGACACCAUGAGGAAAUUCAUCCAGGGAAGUCCCCUGCUGUCUGAGUUCGAGAGCCAGAUUCUGUUCUACCGAGAUCUGGAGCUGCAGAUAACCUCUGAACCAGAAUAUAUCACAGUUGGAGCUUUGGCUCUAUACACAGUGGACCUGAAGAUGUCGCUCACCGCUGAAACAAAAAACUGGAUGCUGGACUACGGACUGUAUUGUAACAGGAAAUACCGAUCAGAGAUGGAGCAGAUCUUCGCCUUCAUAGACGAGGCAGGAAAGAAACUGAAUCGUCAGAUCAAAGACCUGGAUGACAUCCGCAUUGCCAUGGCAGCACUCAAGGAGAUUAGAGAGCACCAGAUCACCAUUGAUUUUCAAGUUGGACCCAUAGAGGAGUCCUACGCCAUGCUUCAUAAGUAUGAGCUUGUCGUGGCAAAGGAAGAGGCAGAUAAGGUGGACACACUCCGGUACUCCUGGGAGAAGCUGCUGUCUCGAAGCACCGAGGUGCAGAACGAGCUGGUGGCCCUGCAGCCCAACUUCAGGGGAGAACUGGUCAGCAACGUGGAGACCUUCGUGGAGGACUGUCAGCACUUCUACCAGGAUUACGAGAAGGAUGGCCCCAUGGUGAUGGGACUCGCUCCACAGGAUGCCAGUGAUAGACUCAUCAUGUUCCAGAAUCGGUUUGACAACCUGUUCAGGAAGUACAUCACUUACUCCGGUGGAGAGGAGCUGUUCGGCCUCCCCGUUACCCAGCAUCCCCAGCUGCUGGAGAUUAAAAAGCAGCUCACUCUGCUGCAGAAGUUGUACGGCCUAUACACCAACGUCGAUGAAACCGUCAACGGUUACUAUGAUAUACUCUGGGCUGACAUCAACAUCGAGAAGAUCAAUAAUGAGCUACUGGACUUCCAGACAAGGUGUCGUAAGAUGCCCCGCGCUCUGAAGGAGUGGCAGGCCUACUUGGACCUCAAGAAAACAAUCGAUGAAUUCAGCGAGUGCUGCCCUGUGCUGGAACUCAUGACCAACAAGGCGAUGAUGACGCGCCACUGGAAGAGAAUUACCGAGGUCACUGGCCACACCUUCGAGGUGGAAACCGACACGUUCAAGCUGCGCAACAUAAUGGAGGCGCCUCUGCUCAAGUAUAAAGAGGAGAUUGAGGACAUCUGUAUCAGUGCGGUAAAAGAGCGGGAUAUUGAACAGAAGCUAAAACAAGUGAUCGCUGAGUGGGACAACAAGACUUUUACGUUUGCCAACUUCAAGACCCGCGGAGAGCUGCUGCUGAGAGGAGACAGCACGUCUGAGGUCAUUGCCAGCAUGGAGGACAGCUUGAUGAUUCUGGGCUCUCUCAUGAGCAACAGGUACAACACACCGUUUAAAGGCCAGAUUCAGAAGUGGGUUCAAAAUCUUUCCAACACCACAGAUAUCAUUGAAAACUGGAUGACUGUUCAGAACCUGUGGAUUUACCUGGAGGCUGUGUUUGUGGGCGGAGACAUUGCAAAACAGCUGCCGAAGGAAGCAAAGCGUUUCUCUAACAUCGACAAGUCCUGGGUAAAGAUCAUGAUGCGAGCGCACGAGAUGCCCAACGUGGUGCAGUCGUGUGUGGGAGAUGAGACCAUGGGACAGCUGCUUCCCCACCUGCUCGAACAGCUGGAGAUCUGCCAGAAGUCACUUACAGGGUAUUUGGAGAAGAAGCGGCUGCUGUUUCCCCGUUUCUUCUUCGUCUCCGACCCGGCUCUGCUGGAGAUACUGGGCCAGGCUUCGGACUCACACACCAUCCAGGCCCACCUCCUCAACGUCUUCGACAACAUCAAAAGCGUCAGGUUCCACGACAAGAUAUACGACCGCAUUCUGGCCGUGUCCUCGCGUGAAGGGGAGGCGGUGGAGUUAGAACGCGCCGUCACAGCAGAGGGAAACGUGGAGGUGUGGCUCAACGCUCUGCUGAAGGAAUCCCAGAGGUCUUUGCACCUGGUGAUUCGACAGGCGGCCCUGACCAUCCAGGACACCGGCUUCCAGCUCAUCGACUUCCUGAACUCCUACCCCGCUCAGGUAGGCCUGCUAGGUAUUCAGAUGAUCUGGACCAGGGACUCUGAGGAGGCUCUGACCAAUGCCCGAUACGAUCGGCGCAUCAUGGCCAAAACCAACCAGCUCUUUCUGGACCUGCUCAACACACUGAUCGAUAUGACCACAAGAGACCUCGGGGCUGUGGAGAGGACAAAAUAUGAAACCCUCAUCACCAUCCACGUCCACCAGAGAGACAUCUUUGAUGAUCUGUGCCGACUGCAUGUCAAAAGCCCCAGUGACUUUGAAUGGCUGAAGCAGUGCCGCUUCUACUUCAAUGAAGACUCAGACAAGAUGAUGAUCAACAUAACAGACGUGGGCUUUGUCUACCAGAACGAGUUCUUGGGCUGCACUGAAAGGCUUGUCAUUACACCACUGACUGACAGGUGCUACAUCACCUUAGCCCAAGCACUUGGCAUGAGCAUGGGUGGAGCCCCAGCUGGACCAGCGGGAACAGGCAAGACAGAGACCAUAAAAGACAUGGGUCGCUGUCUGGGCAAGUAUGUUGUAGUCUUCAACUGUUCUGACCAGAUGGACUUCCGAGGCCUGGGACGAAUAUUUAAAGGUCUGGCUCAGUCUGGUUCGUGGGGCUGUUUUGAUGAAUUCAACCGCAUCAACCUGCCGGUUCUGUCAGUGGCGGCCCAGCAAAUUGCAAUAGUUCUCACCUGCAAGAAGGAACGCCGCAAAAACUUUGUCUUCACCGACGGAGACAACGUGGAUAUGAAUCCUGAGUUUGGCAUCUUCCUGACAAUGAACCCAGGUUAUGCAGGGCGCCAGGAGCUUCCUGAGAACCUGAAAAUCAACUUCCGCUCCGUGGCCAUGAUGGUUCCAGAUCGUCAGAUCAUCAUCAGGGUCAAACUGGCCAGCUGUGGGUUUAUAGACAACAUGGAGCUGGCGCGCAAAUUCUUCACGCUUUACAAGCUGUGUGAGGAGCAGCUCUCCAAGCAGGUUCACUAUGAUUUUGGGCUGCGGAACAUCCUGUCAGUGCUGCGGACGCUGGGAGCAGCCAAGCGAGCCAACCCCAGUGACACAGAGUCCACCAUUGUGAUGAGGGUCCUCAGGGACAUGAAUCUCUCCAAACUGAUCGAUGAGGACGAGCCACUCUUCCUGAGUUUGAUUGAGGACCUCUUCCCAGGCAUCCUGCUUGAUAAAGCAGGCUACCCUGAACUAGAGGCUGCUAUCGACAAACAGGUUGAGGAUGCAGGUCUGAUCAGCCACCCUCCAUGGAAGCUGAAGGUCAUCCAGCUGUUCGAGACACAGAGGGUUCGCCACGGCAUGAUGGCUCUGGGGCCCAGCGGCGCUGGGAAGACGGCGUGUAUACACAUGCUGAUGAAAGCCAUGACAGAGUGCGGUCACCCUCACAGAGAGAUGCGCAUGAACCCCAAAGCCAUUACAGCGCCUCAAAUGUUUGGUCGACUGGACGUGGCCACAAACGACUGGACCGACGGCAUCUUCUCCACACUCUGGAGGAAAACGCUAAAAGCAAAGAAAGGAGAGAACAUCUGGAUAGUCCUAGAUGGACCGGUUGAUGCCAUCUGGAUUGAGAACCUUAACUCGGUGUUGGACGACAACAGAACGCUGACUCUGGCCAAUGGAGACCGGAUCCCCAUGGCUCCCAACUGCAAGGUGGUCUUUGAGCCGCACAACAUCGACAACGCAUCUCCAGCCACCGUCUCGCGCAACGGCAUGGUGUUCAUGAGCUCGUCCGUGUUGAACUGGAGCCCUAUACUGGAGGGCUGGUUGAAGAAACGCUCCCACCAAGAGGCAGACGUUCUCCGCGAGCUGUUUUCUUCCUCUUUCUCUGAUAUUUAUCUCUUCAGUGUGCAGUCGCUGGAGUUCAAGAUGGAUAUGCUUGAAGCCUUUGUUAUUAUGCAGUGCAUCAACAUGCUGCAGGGACUCAUACCACCUAAGGAGCAAUGUGGCGACUUAACCAGAGAGCACUUAGAGCGGCUGUACGUCUUCGCCCUCAUGUGGAGCGUCGGCGCCGUGCUCGAGCUCAACGAUCGGCAGAAGAUGGAGGUCUGGCUCCGAGCGAACCCCAGCAUCCAUCUAAACCUGCCAGACAUCCAUCCUGACAGCGAGGACACCAUGUUUGAUUACUAUGUCACAGCAGACGGUCAGUGGGUCCACUGGAGAACCAGAGUGGAGGAAUAUGUUUAUCCAUCGGAUUUCACCCCUGAGUACAGUUCCAUUCUGGUCCCAAACGUGGACAAUGUUAGAACAGACUUCCUAAUUCAGACAAUAGCUAAACAGGGCAAGGCAGUUUUGUUGAUUGGAGAACAGGGAACGGCCAAGACUGUCAUUAUCAAAGGCUACAUGUCAAAAUAUGACCCUGAGACCCACAUCGGGAAGAGUCUCAACUUCUCGUCCGCUACUACACCGCUCAUGUUUCAGAGAACGGUUGAGAGUUACGUGGAUAAGAGGAUGGGGACCACUUACGGACCCCCCGCUGGGAAAAAAAUGUCCAUUUUCAUAGACGAUAUCAACAUGCCUGUCAUCAAUGAGUGGGGAGACCAGGUGACUAAUGAGAUUGUCCGGCAGCUGAUGGAGCAGAAUGGGUUCUUCAAUCUGGAGAAACCGGGAGAGUUCACUAAUAUUGUGGACGUUCAGUUUCUGGCGGCUAUGAUCCACCCCGGGGGAGGCCGCAACGACGUGCCACAGAGACUGAAGCGGCAGUUCUCUAUCUUUAAUUGUACCCUGCCCUGCAGUUCCUCCAUAGAUAAGAUAUUUGGUGUCAUUAGUCAGGGCCACUUCUGUGCAAGCCGUGGUUUCACUGAGGGGGUUCGGAGUAUGGUUCCCUGCCUGGUGUCUUUGACUCGCCAUUUAUGGCAGUUGACCAAGGUCAAGAUGCUUCCAACUCCCGCUAAGUUCCACUACAUCUUUAACCUGAGGGAUCUGUCACGGGUUUGGCAAGGGAUGCUCAAUACCAAUGCAGAAGUGGUCCAAUCAGUUCAGGUGCUGCUGUCGUUGUGGAAGCACGAGUGCAAACGUGUGAUAGCUGACAGGUUUACCAUGACAGAGGACGUGGAGUGGUUCGACCAGGCAUUGGUGAAGUUGGUAGAGGAGGAGCUGGGUGAGGAGCACAGGAGCAUAGUGGACUAUGGCGUGGACACACACUUUGUGGACUUCCUCCGAGAGGCACCUGAAGCUACAGGAGAGGAGUCUGAAGAUUCCGACUUCGAUUUACCCAAGGUGUACGAGCCCAUCGAGUCGUUUGAGAGCUUGAAGGAGCGUCUGAACCUGUUCCUGAGCCUUUACAAUGAGAACAUCAGGGGCACUGGCAUGGACAUGGUCUUCUUUCAGGACGCUAUGAUUCAUCUCGUCAAGGUGUCAAGGAUAAUUCGGACGCCUGGUGGAAAUGCCUUGCUGGUGGGAGUCGGGGGCUCAGGCAAACAGAGCCUGACCAGACUGGCCUCUUUCAUAGCUGGAUACAAGAUUUUCCAGAUCACACUAACGCGCUCAUACAACACAGGUAACCUGAUGGAUGACCUGAAGGGUUUGUACAGAACAGCUGGCCAGCAGGGGAAAGGCAUCAGCUUCAUCUUUACUGACAACGAAAUCAAAGAUGAGUCCUUCCUGGAGUACAUGAACAACGUGCUGUCAUCUGGAGAGGUGUCCAACUUAUUUGCUCGUGAUGAGAUGGACGAGAUCCUCGGCGACCUCGUCCCAGUUAUGAAGCGGGAGUUUCCCAAGCGACCGCUGACCAACGAGAACUUGUACGAGUACUUCAUGUCGCGGGUGCGAAAGAACCUCCACGUGGUUUUGUGCUUCUCCCCCGUUGGCGAAAAGUUCCGCAACCGCGCUUUGAAGUUCCCAGCGCUCAUAUCUGGUUGUACGAUGGACUGGUUCAGCCGCUGGCCGAAAGACGCCCUUGUAGCAGUGUCGGAGCAUUUCCUGUCUGCCUAUGACAUCGACUGCACACCUGAGGUCAAGAGUGAGGUGGUUCAGUGCAUGGGCUCCUUCCACGACGGUGUGGCCGAGAAGUGUGCCGAUUACUUCCAAAGAUACAGACGAUCCACCCAUGUUACACCCAAGUCCUACCUGUCCUUCAUUCAGGCCUACAAGCUCAUUUAUAAGGAGAAGAAGUCUGAGGUGCAGACCCUGGCCAACAGGAUGAACACAGGUCUCCAGAAGCUGAAGGAGGCAUCGGAGUCUGUGGCAGCGCUCAGCAAGGAGCUGGAGGUCAAAGAGAAGGAGCUGCAGGUGGCCAACGACAAGGCGGACACGGUGCUGAAGGAGGUGACAGUCAAAGCCCAGGCAGCAGAGCGGGUGAAGGUGGAAGUGCAGACAGUGAAAGACAAGGCCCAGGCCAUAGUAGACAGCAUCUCAGCUGACAAGGCCAUCGCCGAGGAGAAGCUGGAAGCGGCCCGGCCAGCCCUGGAGGAGGCCGAGGCGGCGCUGCAGACCAUCAAGCCAUCGGACAUCGCAACCGUGCGGACCCUGGGCCGCCCCCCCCACCUCAUCAUGCGCAUCAUGGACUGCGUGCUGCUGCUUUUCCAGCGACGGGUCAACCCCGUGAAGGUGGACGCGGAGAAGAACUGCAACACUCCGUCCUGGCAGGAGUCCUUAAAGCUGAUGACGGCUGGAAACUUCCUGGGCAGCCUGCAGCAAUUCCCCAAAGACACCAUUAAUGAGGAAAUGGUAGAACUGCUGCAGCCUUAUUUUGACAUGCCCGACUACAACAUUGAAACGGCCAAGAGGGUGUGUGGCAAUGUGGCGGGCCUGGCAUCCUGGACCAAAGCCAUGGCUUCUUUCUUCUCCAUCAACAAGGAGGUCCUACCCUUGAAGGCCAACUUGGCAGUGCAGCAGAAUCGUCUGGCCAUAGCGAACGCAGACCUUCAGAAAGCUCAGGCCGAGCUGGAUGCCAAGCAGGCCGAGCUGGAUGUGGUACAGGCGGAGUAUGAGAAGGCAAUGAUGGAGAAGCAGAUGCUGCUGGAGGACGCUGAGCGCUGCCGACACAAGAUGCAGACAGCGUCCAGCCUCAUCAGCGGUCUCGCUGGCGAGAAGGAGAGAUGGACAGAGCAGAGCAAGGAGUUCGCUGCUCAGACCAAACGCCUGGUUGGCGACGUCCUUCUGGCCACAGCGUUCCUCUCCUACUCUGGCCCCUUCAAUCAGGAGUUUCGGAACCUCUUGGUGAGCGACUGGAAACGGGAGUUGAGGCAGCGUCACAUCCCGUUCGGCAACAACCUCAAUCUGACUGAGCUGCUCAUCGACACGCCCACCGUUAGCGAGUGGAACCUACAGGGACUCCCCAGCGACGACCUUUCCAUUCAGAACGGCAUCAUUGUCACCAAAGCGGCGCGCUUCCCUCUCCUCAUUGACCCGCAGACGCAGGGAAAAAUCUGGAUCAAGAACAAAGAAGCCGGGAAUGAGCUGCAGAUCACGUCACUGAACCACAAAUACUUCAAGAUUCACUUGGAGGACAGUUUGUCCCUCGGUCGUCCUCUUCUGAUUGAGGACGUAGAGGAGGAGUUGGACCCCGCGCUCGACAAUAUCCUCGAGAAGAAUUUCAUAAAAACCGGCUCCACUUUCAAGGUGAAAGUUGGGGACAAAGAAGUGGAUGUAAUGAAGGGCUUCAGGCUGUACGUGACCACCAAGCUGCCCAACCCAGCCUACACCCCCGAAAUCAGCGCUCGCACCUCCAUCAUCGACUUCACGGUCACCAUGAGAGGACUGGAGGAUCAGCUGUUGGGAAGAGUCAUCCUGACCGAAAAACAGGAACUGGAGAAGGAGAGAACCGACCUCUUGGAAGACGUGACGGCUAACAAAAGGAAGAUGAAGGAGCUGGAGGACAACCUGCUGUACCGGCUCAGCAGCACACAGGGUUCACUGGUGGAUGAUGAGAGUCUGAUUCUCGUCCUUGGCAGCACCAAGCACACCGCUGAAGAGGUAACGCAGAAACUACAGAUUGCUGCAGAGACCGAGAUCCAGAUUAACACUGCCAGGGAGGAGUACCGACCCGUGGCCACCAGGGGCAGCAUCCUGUACUUCCUCAUCACGGAGAUGAGUAUGGUGAAUGUCAUGUAUCAGACCUCGCUGAGACAGUUCCUGUGCCUUUUUGACCUGUCGCUGGCCAGGUCCUGCAAAAGCCCCAUCACCAGUAAACGCAUCACCAACAUCAUAGAGUUCAUGACCUUCGAGGUGUAUAAGCACACGGCGCGCGGCCUGUACGAGGAGCACAAGUUCCUCUUCACGCUGCUGCUGACGCUGAAGAUCGACAUGCAGAGAGGCAGGAUCAAACACGAGGACUUCCUCAUGCUCAUCAAAGGUGGCGCCUCCCUGGACCUGAAGGCUUGCCCUCAAAAGCCAACUAAGUGGAUCCUGGACAUGACGUGGCUCAACCUCGUAGAGCUCAGCAGGCUGAGUCAGUUCACUGACAUACUAGAUCAGAUAAGUCGGAACGAGAAGCAGUGGAAGUCGUGGUUUGACAAGGAGGCCCCGGAGGAGGAGGUGCUGCCCAACGCCUACGAUCAGACCCUGGACUGUUUCAGACGCCUGCUCCUCAUACGCUGCUGGUGUCCGGACAGAACCAUUGCACAGGCCCGUAAAUACAUAAUGGACACAAUGGGGGAGAAGUACGUUGAAGGCGUGAUUCUUGACUUUGAGAAGAUGUGGGAGGAAUCGGACCCUCGGACUCCGCUCAUCUGCUUCCUGUCUAUGGGCUCGGACCCGACCGAUUCCAUCAUUGCUCUGGGGAAACGGCUGAAGACUGAGACCAGAUAUGUGUCUAUGGGACAGGGGCAGGAGGUCCACGCCCGAAAGCUUCUGCAGCAGACGAUGGCCAACGGGGGCUGGGCCCUGCUCCAGAACUGCCACCUGGGUCUGGACUUCAUGGACGAGCUGAUGGACACGGUGACAGAGACCGACUUUGUACAUGAGAGCUUCCGCCUCUGGAUGACCACGGAGGUCCACAGACACUUUCCCAUCACCCUUUUACAGAUGUCAAUCAAGUUCACCAAUGAACCUCCACAAGGCCUGAGGGCGGGGCUUAAGAGGACCUAUGGAGGUAUCAGCCAGGACCUGCUGGAUGUCAGUAACAUGGUGCAGUGGAAGCCAAUGUUGUAUGGAGUUGCAUUUCUGCACAGCACAGUACAGGAGAGGAGAAAGUUUGGACCUUUGGGCUGGAACAUUCCCUAUGAGUUCAACCAGGCCGACUUCAAUGCCACAGUCCAGUUUGCUCAGAACCACCUUGACGACAUGGACAUUAAAAAGGGCGUGUCAUGGAACACCGUUCGCUACAUGAUUGGGGAGAUUCAGUACGGCGGCCGCGUCACCGACGACUACGACAAGCGUCUGCUCAACACCUUCGCCAGGGUGUGGUUCAGCGAGGACAUGUUCGGACCUGCGUUCAGCUUCUACAAGGGCUACGGCGUCCCCAAGUGCUCCACCGUCGAGCAGUAUCUGGCCUACAUCCAGGGUUUGCCGGCAUAUGACACCCCAGAGGUGUUUGGCUUACACCCUAAUGCAGACAUAACCUACCAGAGCAAACUGGCUAAGGACGUGCUGGACACCAUCCUCAGCAUCCAGCCUAAAGACAGCUCGUCCGGCCGAGGGGAGACCAGGGAGGCCGUGGUGUCCAGGCUGGCUGACGACAUGCUGGAGAAACUGCCUCCCGACUACGCCCCCUUCGAGGUGAGAGAGCGCCUCCACAAGAUGGGUCCCUUCCAGCCCAUGAACAUCUUCCUGCGUCAGGAGAUCGACCGCAUGCAGAGGAUCGUAGUUCUGGUCCGUAAUACGCUGACGGACCUCAGGCUGGCGAUUGAUGGAACAAUCAUCAUGAGUGAGAACCUGCGGGACGCCCUGGACUGCAUGUACGACGCACGCAUCCCUGCGCGCUGGAAGAAGGCCUCGUGGGCCUCCAGCACUCUGGGGUUCUGGUUUACAGAGUUGCUUGAGCGGAACCGGCAGUUCCAGGCUUGGAUCUUUGAAGGGCGGCCCAAUUGCUUCUGGAUGACGGGCUUUUUCAACCCGCAGGGCUUUCUGACAGCCAUGAGACAGGAGAUCACUCGAGCCAACAAGGGCUGGGCCCUGGAUCGCAUGGUGCUGUGCAAUGAGGUCACCAGGUGGAUGAAGGAUGACAUCAGCCAGCCGCCCACAGAGGGGGUGUACGUCUACGGCCUGUACCUGGAGGGCGCCGGCUGGGACCGUCGCAGCUGCAAACUCACCGACUCCAAACCCAAAGUCCUGUUUGAGAUGAUGCCCGUGAUCAGGAUAUAUGCUGAGAAUAACGGGGUUAAGGAUUCCCGCCUGUACUCCUGUCCAAUCUACAAGAAGCCCCUGAGGACAGACAUGAACUACAUCGCCGCUGUGGACCUGAAGACUUCACUUCCUCCAGAACACUGGAUCUUACGGGGCGUGGCGCUCCUCUGCGAUGUCAAAUGACAGCUCUGAUCCUGUCUGGAAGUACAGUACGUUAGCGCUUGUCACCCUGCAGACCUUCAUUACAGUAUUGUUUGGGAUUCA